CGCGCGAGCCUACCGUCUUCCCAGUCAGUGUUGACAGGGAAGUCCCUGAGGGACACCCCUGCGGCCGGGAAGCCACGAGACUGGCGGUCUGGCCGGAGGCGCACGGCGGCGGCGCGGGUGCCCUGCCUCUCAGACUUUUCCCCCGGGCGCCCCGCGCUCCGAGGCCAGCCCAGUCAGGUAAUCCCAUGGCCCUUCCGCCAGAGUCUGGGGAACCUUCAUAUUUGCUGCCAGAAGACCGAGAUACCUGGGGAGGACACAAGACUCCUGACUUUGUCUAUGGGCAGCAGGAGCUUGUGCUGGAGGGGGUUCAGUGGCUUGGCAUCCCCCGCACCCUUCCAGGCCAACUAGCCCAGUCCCGUUUCGACUCAGCUCUCUGCUCAUCCUGGAGGCAGCGGAUGGAGCUGGGCUUGUUCCGCUACUAUCUUGAGGAGUUGCAGACCCGGACCCUGCCUGGCACUGUGGGCUUCGUUGCUCAGCUGAAUGUGGAGCGAGGUGUACGUAGGAGACACCCACAGGACAUCCAGAGUGUGAGGCAGGCGUUUGACCCCAGACAGUUUAACUUCACUCACAUCAGGCCAGGAGAAGUCCUUUUCCGUCUGAGCCGUGCACCUGGUCAACAAGAAGACAUCUUUGUGGUGAUCAACAUCAGCCCCUUGGAGUGGGGCCACGUGCUACUGGUGCCCGAGCCCACCCGGGAAUUCCCCCAGCGCCUGCUGCCCACGGUGCUGCAGGCUGGGCUAGAGGCCGUGCUCCUCAGCUCACACCCUGGUUUCCGGGUGGGCUUCAACAGUCUGGGGGGUCUGGCCUCUGUGAACCAUCUGCAUCUACAUGGCUACUACCUGGCGCACAGACUACCUGUGGAGUGGGCCCCAAGUGAUCCCCUGGACUCCAAGGGCCAUUUGCACCUGCUCCGGACCCUCCCGGCCCCCGGCUUCCUCUUCUACACCAGCAGGCCUGGUGCUGACCUGGAGGCCUUGAUCCGAAGAGUUUGUUGGGCCACUGACUACCUGUAUGAACAUGAGAUUGCACAUAACCUGUUUGUGACCAGGGGAGCUCCCCCUGGAAAGCCUUCACCUUCCUCUGCCCUUACUGGGCUCCGGGUCAUCCUAUGGGCUCGGAAGUCCAGCUUCGGAGUAAAGGAGGGCGAGGCUUUCAAUGUUGCCCUCUGCGAGCUGGCUGGGCACCUCCCAGUGAAACGGCCUGAGGAUUUCGACAGCAUGACUGAGGCCACCGCUCUGGCCCUCAUCCAGGACAGUCUACUGCCCCCAACCUUGGCCCAGGAGGUCCAGGCAGCUUUGGUAGCCUUGAUGGAACAGGAGGAACAGUAGGGCAGUGAAUGUAUUUCCCUUCUGCCUGGGAGUGGCCCAUCACAGUCACAGGAUUUUUUGCUUGUAUGUUUGGGCAGUGCCCAGGAAUGGGUCGGGGACUUAGCAACAGCUAGCCUGUACACAGGGUACAUGUAUGAUGCCCACCCCCUUCCCACAAAGGGAACUGGAAAGAGUGAUGGAAGAAGAGGCCCCUUGGAGUAAAGGACCGGAUGUGGCUCCCUCAUGGAUAUAUCUGAAGACUCAGACAGUUUCAGGAAUACAGGCCCUGGGCUUUCACCUCAUGAACUUGCCCUUCAAUCCAGCCUUAGGCUCAAUACCCUCCUCUGCCUCUGCCCUCUGCCUCUGCCCUCUGUCUAGCUCCAUCUUUAGUCACCUUCACCACGCCAUCUUUCUCCCUCCAGUACUCUGAACUGCACAUGCUUCCCCCACCACCACAACCAUACAUACACCAUCAUCAUACAUGGAAUUGGGUGUCCUCUCAGCCUUCCUGAGGGCUAGCAGAGACUCAAGAAUCACUGCCUAGAUGGACGACUCCAAGGUAGGGGAGUCGAGAGUGGCAUAAGCAGAUGGCUGCGUCUAUGUGAGGUUUUCACGUAGAAUCCUGGCUCGAGGCUGCCAUGAUAAGGCAGUGUAUCACAUUUCAGUGUGUAAAUGUUGGGACUGGAGCGAUAGUACAGUGGGUAGGGAGCUUGCCCUGCACAUGGCCGACCCAGAUUCAAUCUCUGGCAUCCCAUAUGGAUCCCUAAGCACUGCCAGGAGUAAUUUCUGAGUUCAGAGCCAGGAGUAAGGCUUGAGCACCACCAGGUGUGACCCCAAAACAGAAAAUGUGAGGUCUAUAGAAUUAGCACCUGGUUUGAUUUCUGGCACCCUAUAGGGUUCCCCUAAGCCCUGGCAGAAGUGAUCCCUGAGUAUAGUCAAGAGUCAAGGGUAAGCCCUCCUGAGUAUAGCCCUGUGUGGCCCUCAAACAAAAACAAAUGUGUAAACCUUUAACAUACACAUUUCUGUCAGAAGACUGGUCACCCUCCUGCUUUGGUAUUUUGCUUUUCCCUUCCUGUCUUUCCUCUAGGCACUCAUGCUCGCUUUCUCUCUCUCUCUCUCUCUCUCUCUCUCUCUCUCUCUCUCUCUCUCUCUCUCUCUCUCUCUCUCUGUCUCUCUCCCUCUCCCUUUUCCCUUUUUUCCUCUCCCCCUUUCCUUGCUCAGUCUCCCAGGGCAAUGCUGGCCAUAGUAAAACUGUGACCCUCCAACUCUCAGCAUUUCCCUGUGCUUCAGAGGAGAGCCAUCUCAGGAGCAAAUAAAAUUUUCUAUAAGAAGGAAG